AUGCACUUCACCAAGGCUCUUGUUUUCCUCUCGGCCAUUGCGCCUGUCGCUUUCGCGGCUGAAGCUGCCUCAGCUCCUGCUAGCACUAAGACUCUCACCCUGGUGCCCUCUGGGUACACUCCUCCUCCGUCAUCCACCCCGACUCCAACUUCGACUCCGACCCUUUCGUCGACCUGGACCCCGAUCAUGUCCACUAGCACUCCCGUCCCCUCGAGCGCUGCCUCUCUCACCCGGAUCCCUAGCUCCUCCACUCCGUUGGUCAAGGCCACUGGUGUGGUCUCCGGCUCCGCCACCCCGGCCCCUUCCACUCCGGUCAGCGGUGCGACCUCGCUCCAGUUCUCUGGUGCCAUGGCCGCCGGUGCCGCCGCCAUCGCCGGUCUUCUUCUGGUUUAA